GACGGGGAGUAGGAGGGACCCCCUUCUCUCCAAAUCGGGAAGAAAACACCCAAAGGGAGCCAAGCUCGGGCAUUUGGCUCCUCUUCUCCCUCCCCCAGGGCCCUUGGGGUGCGCGCCGCGCAGACAAAAGCGAGAGACUGGAGACGGAGAGAAGCAAGCGGCUGGCAGGGAAGAAGAGCCGCUCAGACACGUUGCACACAGGCGCACAAACACACGCGCGCCCUCUCUCCUCUCACACACCCCAGAUCCAUCUUGAAGGUACUCUCCCGUGCCGUCUUGCCACCGCCGCCGCCGCGCCCGGCUCGCCCGGCUUCCCAGGACUUUGGUAGGGAAUGCCCUGGCGCCUCCUUCGCCAAUGUUUCACUGGAGCAAGUGGAAGAAGAGGAUGGGAGCCAGCAUUUCCUCCUCGUCUUCCAAGAGACCCGUCUUCGACGAGAAGGAGGAUGUGAAUUUUGAUCACUUCCAGAUACUUCGAGCAAUUGGGAAAGGAAGCUUUGGCAAGGCCCUGAUGAAUGUCUUUGAAACCAAAAGACAUUAUUCCUCUACUAAUCCAAAAAUAAUCAGGGAGCUUAAGGUGUGUAUUGUACAAAAGAGAGAUACAGAGAAGAUGUAUGCCAUGAAGUACAUGAAUAAACAGCAGUGCGUUGAAAGGGAUGAGGUUCGCAAUGUGUUCAGAGAACUGGAGAUCCUGCAGGAAAUUGAGCAUGCCUUCUUGGUGAAUCUCUGGUACUCGUUUCAGGAUGAAGAGGACAUGUUUAUGGUAGUGGAUUUACUCCUGGGUGGUGACCUACGUUAUCAUCUCCAGCAAAACGUGCAGUUCACCGAGGAAACAGUGAAACUCUAUAUCUGUGAGAUGGCAUCAGCUUUAGACUAUUUGCGCAGUCAGCAUAUUAUACACAGAGACGUGAAACCAGACAAUAUUCUCCUUGAUGAACAAGGCCAUGCACACCUAACAGAUUUUAAUAUUGCAACAAUAAUCCGUGAUGGUGAAAGAGCAACCGCGUUAGCUGGGACUAAGCCGUAUAUGGCUCCAGAGAUCUUUCAUUCCUUUCUGAAUGGUGGAACUGGUUACUCCUUCGAAGUUGACUGGUGGUCCCUGGGAGUGAUGGCAUACGAGCUCCUCCGUGGAUGGAGGCCUUACGACAUCCACUCUAAUAGCCCCGUGGAAUCCUUAGUUCAGUUGUUCAGCACCGUGAGUGUCCAGUACGUAACAGGAUGGUCAAAGGACACGGUGGCCUUAUUGAGAAAGCUUUUGACGGUGAACCCUGAGCAUCGGUUUUCUAGCUUAGCUAGCAUCCAGACUUCUUCCUACUUAUCUAACGUGGACUGGGACGAAAUCUGCGAAAAGAAAGUGGAGGCAGGAUUUGUGCCUAACAAAGGCCGUCUGCAUUGUGACCCCACCUUUGAGCUGGAAGAGAUGAUCCUGGAGUCGAGGCCGCUGCACAAGAAGAAAAAGAGGCUUGCAAAGAAUAAAUCCAGGGAUAAUAGCAAGGAUAGUUCGCAAUCGGAAAAUGACUACCUCCAGGAUUGCCUGGAAGCAAUUCAGCAAGAUUUUGUCAUUUUUAACAGAGAGAAGUUGAAGAGGAGCCAAGAUCAAAUGAACGAGCCCAUUUCUCCUCCUGAAACCACCGACGAAGCUGAGACUGAAACAGAAUCUGAAAAUUCCAACCUGAAUAUGUGUAGCUCAGUAUGUUCUUCCACAGGCAGCAGCUAGGACUACGGAGAGGAGGCAAAGGGGCCGGAAGCUUGCGCACCUCUUGAAUAAAUCAUUCUCAGGUUGCACUGACAAGCAGAUGACAGGACACUGAGUACCUUGGCUGAAGAGAAGAAGAGGAGUCACACAAAACAACACUGUAGAGCCGCAGCAGAGGCAGAUAGUUCUUACAGAACUCAUGGAUUUUUUUUCCUUCAAAAAGGGAUUGCCUCUUUUGCCCAAUACUUUGCUAUGCAACACUUUGGUGAAAACCGUUCCAUUUCUUCCUUUGCUAUUUUCUUUUCACAGGGACAGAGAGUGGGGUCUGAAGGAUAUUGGCAGGCGAUAAGGGUUCCAGACCCAGUUCCAGCAUAGGUCCAAGAGAAUGCAGAUUGAAAGGAUGGAUAGUGGUCCCAGAGGACUAGGAAAGGGGGCAAAAGCCACUGGAAGCUCACUUUUGUGGAACCGUCCUUAAUAUGCCAGCUAAGGCUCAUGCAUGCAAGAUUGUCUCUUGGUAUUUUCAGAGCAUUAGAGAGUUCUUAUGGACUGUGGCAGUUGCAAAAUACUUGUAGGUUCAACUGGGACAAUACAGUGACAUCUUGGCCAUACAUGAUUUUCAGAGGGCCCCAUCUCAGCAUUAAUGGAUCCUUUCCAAUGGUCCUGUCCAGGGCCAGAUAUGCUGGGUUUUUGCAGCAUGGAAUUUUAAAAUGGUUUUGCUGCAAGUUAGAGUGUUUUCCGAAACAUGCCGAAUCGUUUUGCAAAGCUAUCCUUACUUGCAAGGAGCUGUUUAAGCUACAAGCAUAUUAAUAGAGGUUAGUGUUUUCUUCACUCAUAAUGAAGGAGCAGGGCACUAGUUUGGCUGGAUGUAGGUGAGAUAGCUAUAAAGCAAUGCCCUAGUUAUGCAGGAACUGAUGCGUUGAUGCGCGCUUUUUUUGUCUGCGUCGUUCUAAGUGUAUUUUAAUGUAUUGCAUAUGAUGUCUGUCUCGACUUCUCGUGAGGACAGGAGAGGUCCCUUGUUUUCUCCAGCUAUAGAUAUUGCCUUUUUAAAUGUUUCAGAAGCCCUUUUCUUCCCUAUCCUGCAAUCCUGUUCACACUUACCUGGGAAUCAGCUUCAUUGAACUCAGUGGGACAUAGUUCUGAGUAGACUUGCAUAGGAUUGCACUGCCAGUGGGCUUUAGGUUACUCUGAUAAAAGCACUUAGAACCCCUGGUUCUAGGACAGUAAAUAUCUGUGUUGUACAUAAAUAUCGUAAGUGUUUUAAUGCAAAGCUGUUUGUUACCAGAUGUCUAAGAGAUUGCCAUGUUUGCAUCCCAGUUGUGUUUUCCUGUAGGAACGUGAACGUAGCAUGCUUUUACUUUCAAGGCAUUUCUCCCUCGCCCUGCUGUUUUAUUGAGGCGCCUGCUACAGGCCAAUAUGCCAGGGUUGGAACCAAGGUCCUAUGAACACAGGAACCAAUUUACAGCCUUACUUACGAAGCUACAACUACCUCUGUAGCAGUGCUGUAACAAGUUCCUUUAUAUUCCAUCACUGCUAAGGAACAGGGAUUUGCAUGGACUUCACACCGACUCCCUUAGCGUGGGGUUUCCACAAAUAUUUUUGGUCUCGAUGGUUUGCUUUCCAUUUUAAUUUCCACAAACGCAGCACACGGCAUAACCGGUGCGGAGCAAUUUUGUACAGAC